UCUGUUUUCUUCGAGCGUGUAGGGUAAAUUAAGUAUCUAUGUCUCUCAAUAUAUAUCACCAUUAAAUUCAAUAGCACACUCAUCCUCACUGCAAUUAUAUCUCUUCAAAACUUUCACUAGCUCUCUUCCUUGAACAGUACGUUUCAUAACCGCUUCGUAAAAUCAUCCCCGGCUUUCCGACAUAACUCACUGGCUUCGAUAUAAAUCAAGGGCUUGUCCUAUUUUUCAUCGACAACAAAGAGGAGUGAGACAAAUUGUAUGGGGGAACAAUAAAUCAGAAGGAAAAUAACAUUUGAUUCUUCUGAGUUCUGGUUCACGGAGACAAUCUAAACAGAUCUCCCAGAAUAGCAAAUAUGUCUCUGCCAAAUUACAUGGAACCAGUGGAUGAUGUGAACAACAACAACAAUGGAGAGACCGAUAACAACGAAAACGAAAAUAACAACAACAUGAAUGGUGGUGCUAGUUUUGGGGAUGAGGAAUUCGACAGUGAGAAUCAAGAAUAUGGAAACACUCAAGAUCCUCGUGCUGCUAAGAGAAAGCGAUAUCAUCGUCACACUCAACAGCAAAUCCAGGAGAUGGAAAACUUCUUCAAAGAGUGUCCUCAUCCUGAUGACAAUCAGAGGAAAGAACUUAGCCGUCAACUGGGACUAGACCAUCUUCAGAUCAAAUUCUGGUUCCAGAACAAACGCACCCAGAACAAGAAUCAUCAAGAGCGCCAUGAGAACUUACAACUUCGUGAGGAGAACACUAGGCUUAGAGCUGAUAACCACCACUUUCGUGAAGGUCUCGCUAAUGCCUCAUGUCCUAAUUGCGGAGGUCCUACCGCAGUUGGCGAAAUGUCUUUCGAAGAACAUCAUCUUCUCCUCGAAAAUGCUAAGUUAACCGAAGAGAUCCGUCAAUUAUCUGAGGUGGCGAAGUAUACAGGCAAAGCUGUAAUGAGAUAUCCUGUUCUGCCUACUCCUAAUCAAGCUCCACCUUUCGAGCCCCCGAUGAUAACUAAUGGAAGUCUCGGAUCAGUGAAAGAGGCCGAUAAGCCAUUGCUCAUAGAGUUAGCAGUUGGAGCCAUGUCGGAGCUUAUAGCGUUGGCUCAAAUGAAUGAACCGCUGUGGAAGGAAGGAGUUCAUGGCAUGAUAUUAGAUUUGAAUGAAUACACAAGAAAUUUACAAAACGGACUCGGGCCUAAACCAGUCGGGUUUAGAACCGAGGCAUCAAGAGAAACCGCGAUUGUGUUCAUGCGCCAUAUGGAGAUUGUUCACAGGCUAAUGGAUGUGAAUCUAUGGUCGACCAUGUUUGCUGGAAUGGUUGGUAGAGCCAUAACUCAUGACACCCUCUUGACUGGACGCCAAGGAAACUUGGACGGAACUAUCCAUCUGAUGACUGCUGAAUUCCAAGUUCUAUCGCCGCUAGUCUCAAACCGUGAAUGCUACUUCGUCCGCUACUGUAAGCAGCACGGUGAAGGUUUAUGGGGGGUGGUCGAUAUAUCCAUCGACCAUCUCAUUCCAAACCUGGAACCUAAGUGUCUGCGAAGACCAUCUGGAUGUCUGAUUCAAGACAUGCCAAAUAGAGUCUCCAGGGUUACUUGGGUUGAGCAUGUGGAGGUAGAUGACGGAGGUGAACUUCAUGCCAUGUUUAAGCACUUGCUCAAUUCUGGUCAAGCUUUAGGUGCUAACCGCUGGCUUUCUGCAUUGGACCGCCAGUGCGAGCGGUUAGCCAUCAUGAUGGCUCCAAACAUUCCAUCCAUAGAACCUGGUGGUCAAAUAACGGUAACGAACAAUGCCAAGCAGAGCCUGCUGGAGUUAGUUGAGCGGAUGUCUAGAGGUUUCUUUGAUGGAGUGACAACUUCUAAUGCAGAUAUAUGGAUGAACUUGGGUGGUUAUACAGGAGAUAGUGUGAAAGUGACGACUCGGACGAGCUUGAAUGAUCCAGGAAGACCUGAAGGACUCAUUCUCUGUGCAGCCCAUUCGUUUUGGGUCCCGGCUCCUCCUACCACUGUCUUUGACUACCUCAGAGAUGAGAACAACCGAGUCAAUUGGGAUGUUCUCUUCCUUGGAGGGAAUCCUCAGAAGCUGACACAUAUAUUUAAUGGGAGGGACAAUAGGAACUGUGUAUCUUUACUCCGGAGCCCAAACACUAGCCAAAGCGAGAUGAUGAUGAUUGAAAAGAGCUCUACUGAGCCAGCAGCUUCGUUCCUGGUCUAUGCGCCUGUUAGUGUUCCGUCAAUGGAGAAAGUUCUCAAUGGAGGUGACCCUAAGUAUGUGCCAUUACUUCCAUCAGGUUUUGCUAUACUACCAGAUGGUACGGCUCAGCCUGGAAAAGCAGGAGGGUCACUCGUGAACGUUGCGUUUCAGAUGCUGGUUGACUCAUACCCUUCGGGUUCGCUGACUUUUAGCUCGGUUUCAACCAUUGAGAGUCUGAUUCUAGCAGCCGCGAAUAAGAUCAAAGCUUGCUUUACUCAGCAGACUCCUUGAACAGGAAAGUAAGUGUAAGGGGAUGCGGAGGAAUCAAGAGAGAGUGUGUUUUUAUUUUAUUUUCAAGAAAGCUUCAAAAGGGGAGGAGUCAAGAACGAACCUGACAAGAAACAGUUCAGUUCUUGAAUGGUUUUCUUAAUGAGGUUCGGGUAUUGACUUCCUUGUUAACUUUUGCUAAAAACUUUCCGUCAUUUAUGUUUUAAGUACUUUGUUUCAUUCUGAAUGUUGGAACUUUCUCAACUCAUUUCUCUUUGUGUUUCAUGUUGACAAAAAAUAUUUGAAUACUCUCUUUUAAACUAUUUGUGUUUCAAA